CGCCCUUAUGCGACGUGUGGCGAUCAGAAUGGUUUUUUUUUGUCCCGGGAGUUAAAUACAUUCCAGCAAGAAGCCAGAAAGUUGAAUCUCUUCGCCGGCUACCAGAGACAACGGCCACCGCCCUGCGGGCACUUGGUUUCCCACCUCCAGGGACACUCCCGAGUCCUGUAGCAGAAAGCGGAAGUGCGUGUCGCCUGGAUCAUGUCGACCUUUGCCGACCUGCCAGACUCCGUGCUGCUGGAGGUCUUCGCUUACCUCCCGGUCCGGGACCGGAUCCGCAUCUCCAGGGUCUGUCACCGGUGGAAGAGGCUGGUGGACGACCGGUGGUUGUGGCGACACGUCGACUUGACACUCUACACGAUGCGUCCUAAAGUCAUGUGGCACCUCCUUCGCCGGUACAUGGCAUCCCGGCUCCAUUCCCUGCGGAUGGGCGGCUACCUGUUCUCAGGCUCCCAGGCCCCACAGCUGUCCCCUGCGCUGAUGAGGGCCCUGGGCCAGAAGUGCCCUAACCUGAAACGUCUCUGUCUGCACGUGGCUGAUCUGAGCAUGGUGCCCAUCACCAGCUUACCCUGCACCCUGAAGACCCUGGAGCUGCACAGCUGUGAGAUCUCCAUGGCAUGGCUCCUCAAGGAGCAGGACCCCACUGUGCUGCCCCUGCUUGAGUGCAUCGUGCUGGAUCGUGUGCCAGCCUUCCGUGAUGAGCACCUGCAGGGCUUGACGCGCUUCCGCGCUCUGCGUUCACUGGUGCUGGGUGGCACCUAUCGUGUGACUGAGACUGGCCUAGAUGCAGGCCUGCAGGAGCUGAGCUACCUGCAUAGGCUGGAGGUGCUGGGCUGUACCCUUUCAGCUGACAGCACGCUCUUGGCCAUCAGUCGCCACCUUCGAGACAUCCGGAAGAUCCGGCUGACUGUGAGGGGCCUGUCAGCCUCUGGCCUCUCUCUCAUAGAGGGAAUGCCUGCCCUGGAGAGUCUGUGCCUGCUGGGUCCCCUCAUCACCCCUGAAAUGCCUUCUGCCUCGGAGAUUGUCUCCUCUUGCCUUGCCAUGCCCAAGCUUAGGGUCCUUGAGCUACAGGGGUUGGGGUGGGAGGGUCAAGAGGCCGAGAGGAUCCUGUGUAAAGGGCUGCCCCAUUGUGUGGUCAUUGUCAGGGCCUGCCUCAAAGAGUCUAUGGACUGGUGGAUGUGACUACACCACUUGUCUGGGGAACCCACCUCAACUUCCACCAGUGAACCCUAGGCGCUCUGAGCUGUGCCUUGCAGAAGGCGGGUCAUUAGGCUGGAAGAGCUGAAGGCCACAGGUGGAACCUAAAGUCUUCCAGGCUGGAAUUGUUUACCCACUGUGCAGCCUCUGACUUCAAUCCACCUCUCAGAGACCUGCUCCCCACAUCUGGAAAUGGGAUAGAGCAAACCUACCUCAUGGUGAUGUUACAAAGCCAUAUUCUUUACCAGCCUUGGGUCCCAAGAAGGAUCAUUCUCAGAAACCUGGCUGACUUUGGAGGACAAGUGUAGAAGGAAGGGAACCCGAGGGACUUGCAAGCCCAUGGGAGGCCUGGAAGGACCGUCUGCAUUACCACGUGCCGACAUGCCAUCGAAGCACCUGCACGCAUGGGUGAAGAAUGGAGAGAAGGGCAAGCAGUACUGGUGCUUUGACAAUUAAAAUGUGUAACUAAAGUUCCAAGUUGUAUUCUCUGUAUCUUGCACUCUGUAUU